AUGACGAGGCAAAUCGUGCUGCGGCCGGUGGCGUCGACGGCGGCGGACCGGCGUCAGCUGCUGCGGGGGUCGGAGUGCUCGUCGCGCAGGGUGGCGGAGGUGGCCGGGGGGACGGUGGCGGAGUGCGCGGCGGUGUGCUGCUGCUGCCCGUGCGGUCUGGCGAACCUGCUGGUGCUGGUGGUGUACAAGGUGCCGGCUGGGUUGUGCCGGAAGGCGCUGAGGAGGAAGCGGCGGCGGAAGCUGAUGAAGGAGGGGUUGCUGCCGACGGGAAGGAUCAAGUGCGGGUGCGAAGAGAAGGAGGUGCACGUGCACCAGGUGACGAGCCCGCUGGCGGCGUCGGAUGAGGGUAAGGAGCUGGCCGAGUUGGAGAAGGAGAUGUGGGAUCAGUUUUACAGCGCCGGUUUUUGGAGGAGCCCUUCCCGGAGGAGCGAGGUCUCGGCCCUCAGUAAAUAA